GAUAAUGGAAUAAUUUAAUAUGGCGGAAACGUUGCGUCGACGAAGCUCAAUCAGUGUAAUUUUGUGAGGAAUCUGAUACAAUUGAUAUAAUUUCGGCACAAUUUACAAGAAUAUAUACUAUUCUAUAAACGAUUCAAGUGAUAUAAAAUUGUACAACAACGAGCGAUAAAUUCCACGGUUGUUGGCAAGUCGCAAAUAUGGGUUCUAAUAAACGUCAUAAGACUGAAAAAUCUCGCGACGCCAAGAAGAAGCGUCAUCGCAGUCGUUCCAGAAGUUACACGCCCGAUCGCGAGAAGUCGGAGAAGCAUAGGCAUCACAAAAAGCACAGGAGGAAAGAGCGCAAGGAUUACGAUAGCGAUGUCGAGAUUGUUAAUGCACCACCACCACCAAAAAUAUCGAAAUUAUCUCACCCAUCGACGCCUCCACCGCCAGAAAUUUCUAAACAGCGCAGUCCAUCCCCUGCUAAAGGUGGAGCGUCGCAGACUUCAUUAUCUAUUGAGGAAACUAAUAAACUACGUGCAAAGUUAGGAUUAAAACCAUUAGAGGUUGAUAAUACACCGAAAGAUGAUCCUAAUAAAAUCAAAGAUGAUUUGGGAGAGUUUUAUCAUAAACCUGCUCCAAAUAAUAAUCAGAAGAUAAAAGCACAGAAAUUAAGAGAGAAGAUCGGUACUCAAAAGGAAAAGAGACAGAUUGAAGCAAAUUUGUCAAAGGUAAAAGCUUUGGGUGAAUGCGACUCUGAUGAUGAUACUCAAGCAUGGAUCAAUAAAUCGAGACAAUUGGAGGAAGAGAAAAAGAAAGCAGAAAAAAGGGCGAAGAUGUUAGAUCAAUUAGAUGAAGAAUUUGGAAUUGGUAAUUUGGUCAGAGAGGAAAUACAUACUGCUCGUAAUACAGCAUAUACAGAGAAGGAUUUGAAAGGCCUCCAAGUCGAACAUAAUGUUGAAACAUUUGAAGAGGGUAAGACUUUGAUCUUGACAUUAAAAGAUCAAGAGGUAUUAGAUGACAAUGCUGAUUUACUUGUAAAUGUUAAUAUGGUUGAUAACGAACGUUACAAACGUAGUGUUUUAAACAAAAUUAAAAAACCUACAUACGAUCCAUACGCUGAUGAAAAUUUUGACGAAUAUGGAUUUCCGAAAAAUAAAAUUUUGGAAAAAUAUGAUGAGGAAAUCGAUGGGGAAAAGAAGGACAAUUUUGUGUUGGGUACUAAUAAUGCAGUAGAAUUGAAACGACGUCAAAUAGAGACAGUGAAGCAACGCUUAGCAAAUAAAAAACUAGAAACACUACAGAUGGCAGAACCAAAAUUGGCAAGUGAAUAUUAUAAUGAAGAGGAACUUGCAAAAUUCAAGAAGCCAAAGAAAAAGAUUCGAAAAAUUAGAACAAAAAAGAAAUUUAAGGUUGAUGACUUGGUACCUGUUGAUAAUGACUAUCUUAGAGAUCUUGGAAGUAGAAGAAGGAAAAAACCAGAUGAUUCAAAGGAUAAUGAUGCUUUAGAUGUUGACGAUUUAGAAGCCCCUAUAGAAGAUCUUACUGGAGUAAAACUGGAAGAAGACGAUAAAGAAUUGGAGUUACAAUUGGCUUUAAAGAAAGCACAACGUUUGAAGGAGGGACUUUCAGUUGGCAUCCAGAAAACUGUUGAAACAAUAAAACAAGAAAUCCUUAAUUCAGAGGAUAAUCAGGUUGGAAAUAUCGUUCUUAACUCGACUGCAGAAUUCUGUAGAACAUUAGGUGAUAUACCCACAUAUGGACUUGCUGGAAAUAGAGAAGAAAACGGACAAGAACUCAUGGACUUUGAAAUAGAUGGAAUUAAAGAUGAGCCACCUGUGAACGAAGACGAAGACGAUGGUCGUGGUGCUUGGAACACAGUACACCUAGAUGAAAAUACAUCGGAGCCAGUUGUAAUGGAAGCAGCAAUUUUAGACGCUGAGCCGUCACUCGGACACGGUGUAGGUGGAGCUUUAAAGUUAGCCAUGAGUAAGGGCUAUUUGCAGAAAGAAGAUAGCAAUCGGCCCUCAGCGUCACGAUUUGCGCAUCUACAAGCUCAGAAUUAUUCAAUAGAGGAUAAAACAUAUGGUGAUGACGACAAAUUCGGCAGAAGAGAUCGUUUUAACGGACCGACAUCUGACUUUAAGGAAAAGGAAAGUUUUAAACCCAAUGUGAAGCUUGAAUAUAUCGAUGAUGACGGUCAUGUUUUAAGCGCCAAGGAAGCUUUUCGAUAUCUAUCGCAUAAAUUUCAUGGAAAAGGCCCAGGGAAAAAUAAGGUGGAGAAAAGAAUGAAAAAAGCUGAACAAGAAGUUUUAAUGAAGCGAAUGUCUUCAACAGAUACACCUUUAGGUACACUAAAUUUAUUGCAAGCAAAACAAAAAGAAACUCAAUCACCAUACAUAGUGCUUAGUGGCAAUAAACAGAUGCAAACGACUAGCAUAGCUAAAACAAAACAUUGAAGAAUAAAUGCAAACAAGGAUGAAAAUUGUAUAUAAUCUUACAUAUAUAUAGUUGAAUUUCCGAAAAUAAAUUUGAGUUUAUAAUUUCAAUGUAACACAAGGAUUGUAAAUUAUGAGAGAAAAGGAAGCUUUGUUAAAUUGUAUAACCAUAAUAAUUAAGAAAAUAUUCACAGGAUCUAUUCACAGAUUUGAUGAGAUUUUUUUAAAUUUGCACAACUUUGGCUCUGUAGUGUGGAAAAAAAAUAAUAAAGAAAGUAAUGAUUUUAUAGAUAAUGCUUAAUAUAAAGCAUAUUUUGCAAGUAUGAAUGUAUUUCUUGAUCAAUAAAUAUGUUUUACAGCAUAUCUAUAGAGA